AGGUCCUUUUCGUCGUUCUCUUUCUGUUUCGUAUUCGUCUCAUCGCUUCUUCAGAACUGUUCUUCAAGGUAGCGCUUGUCGUCAUUUAUUUUCCGAAAAUGUUCUUUUUGCGUUACCUGUCGUUUCUGCAGGCGUUCGCCCCGCGUUCUGUCCUCGCGAGAGGUGCCGUUAGAAGUGUUGAUGAGACAGUUACCACUCCGGAUGCAGCUGACCCGUCAUUUCCUGCGGGGCGAGAGGACGCGAUGCUGGCGAAGUUGCGCAGCGAAAAAGCCGUUGGAGUUCUGGGGCGGGAGUCCACGUCUACGGCAAAAGCGAUCGAGGCACUCAAGAGGAAGCUCCAACCCUCGGAAGUAAAGCAAUUAGCCGCGUCGGUGAAGGAUUAUUUCAAAAAACACAAAGCAGGAACAAAAGAUGUUGACAUGCGGGGCGGGGUGGAGGACCAGCUUGAUACUGGUUUGGAGACUUCUAACUCUGGCACGACAUCAGGAGAGAUAACCGUCCAGAACGCUAUGCCUUCAGCGGAAGACGCGUCGGCGUCGUGGAAGACGACCACACGACUGGAGGACUUGUCGAGCAAAAUGAAGCCUAACAAAAUCGCAACGACAGUCAAGAACAAACAAGACCUAAAGAACAAGGAGUGCGAUUUCGAGUGCGCCGGAGCGGGGAUUGCGGGCUACUUCGUUUGCGCGGGUUUGUGCGUGGCGGAGCUGAAGCCGAGUGAGGCCAUUGGGUGCAUCACGCUGGGGUGCCCACCCAUGGUCGCGGCGGCGACCGAAGGGUGCUUGAAGGUCAAUCCCGCUUGCAAGAAAGACCAGGUCGGGGUCGUUAACGGAGUUGUGGCGGAAGGUAGCUGCUGUACCUAUAAUAGCUGCGUUGUAUGUCGUGUCGUUCCAUGUUUACGUCUAGCUCUAGGAAAUUCAAAUUUAUCGUGGGAGAACUUAUCUGCCACCUGGUAGUACACAGCUCUGACUACAAGUUUUCGUUUUGUCUGUACUAAGUGAGAAACGUAUUUAAGUAAAUGUUUCAUUGUUGACAUGGUUUUACUUCUAUUGUCUCAGGUAUCACUUCCAUCCUGGACAACAAAGUCGGAGAAGAUUCGCAAGGCUCCUCUUUAGUAAUUUCGCUUGCGAAACGGGUAGCCAAGCAAGCCUCAACGGGAAAGUUCGACAAGAAGCUGCACGUGAUGAAGAAGGUCAAGACGUUUGGCGUUUUCGAGAAUUUUUUAAAGGGCAAACUGAAGCAGGGAAAUGCAUCGGACGCCAAAAGAACGAUGGACCGGAAGGACGAACACGUCUUGCAGAAGAUGUUGAUGAACACGGGAAGGUCUGAAGUCUAUGUGUGAUGGAAAGUAUUGGUAUUCGUAAACAUCGGAGCAAGAUUUCAAUCACGGACAUACACAUACUAUCAAUCUACCAUGUCGCUCAAGCUCAACGAGCUUGAGAAGUAGAGAUGGCUUUGUGCUGGUCUACCAUAAAGCAGUAAACGACUCAAACACUGGCAAGAGCAGCUAAAAUGUUUGAAAUUGAAGUAAUUGCACUACCAGGGCUGACACAAAAUGUCCACUGUAUGCAGCGAGGGACAGCCUCAACCUCUGUGUCGCC